CUUUUUCUCCACGUUAACACCCCAUCAGCGGAGGCACCUAAUCCCGUUGGGGCAUUUAGCCAUGUUUUAAGACGGGGAAACGCUACUGCGUUUUUGGUAGAUGAUGGUGGGUUAAACUUGGAAAAGAUUCAUUAGAAAAAAGAAUGCUUAAGCAGGCCUUUCAAAGUGUGAAGAGAGCAGUGACGACAAGUGCAAAUGCGGCAAAGGAGAAAGUGGAUUGUGUGGUGAUAGGGGCGGGCGUGGUGGGAAUUGCAAUUGCAAGAGAGCUAGCCUUAAAGGGAAGAGAAGUUUUGGUUCUUGACUCAGCUCCCACAUUCGGCACCGGCACCAGUUCUCGCAACAGUGAAGUCAUUCACGCUGGCAUCUAUUACCCUCAAAAUUCUCUAAAGGCAAUGUUCUGUGUAAGGGGAAGAAAAUUGUUAUACAAGUACUGCUCCGAACACGAGGUUCCUCAUAAACAGAUUGGCAAACUCAUAGUUGCUACUGGACCUCUGGAGAUUCCAAAGUUGAACAAACUGUUGAAGUGUGGAACUCAAAAUGGUGUUGAUGGCCUCAGGAUGUUGGAGGGUUUUGAAGCCAUGAAAAUGGAACCUGAAUUGCAAUGUGUGAAAGCCUUACUAUCACCUGCUUCUGGGAUUGUUGAUAGUCAUUCCCUAAUGCUAUCUUUAGUGGGGGAAGCUGAAAAUAGAAGAACUACUUUCUCGUACAAUACUACAGUCAUUGGUGGCCAUCAUCAAGGAAAUUGUAUGCACCUAUAUGUAUCUGAAAGCAAAAAUGUUGGAAACUGGAAUGGGCAAUCAUCAUUGCAAUCAGAGCUGAUUCUUAUUCCUAGGUUUGUAGUAAACUCUGCAGGCCUGAGUGCCCUGGCCCUUGCAAAGAGAUUUGUUGGUCUGAAAAGUAGUGUUAUUCCUCCUGCAUAUUAUGCUCGUGGUUGCUACUUUACCCUUGCAAAUACUAAGGUCAUUCCUUUCAAACAUUUGAUAUAUCCUAUACCGGAGGAUGGUGGCCUUGGGGUGCAUGUUACGCUGGAUUUGGAUGGCCAGGUCAAGUUUGGCCCAGAUGUUGAGUGGAUUGAUGGCAUAGAUGACAUAUGUAGCUUCAUGAAUAAGUUUGACUACUCUGUAAAUGUAAAUCGUGCUGAAAGAUUUUAUCCAGAGAUUAGAAAGUACUACCCGAAACUGAGCGAUGGAGCUUUAGAGCCAGGUUAUGCAGGGAUUCGACCAAAACUUUCAGGACCUGGACAACCUCCUGUUGAUUUUGUAAUACAGGGAGAGGAGAGUCAUGGGGUGCCUGGUCUUGUAAACCUUUUUGGAAUUGAAUCACCUGGUCUAACAUCAAGCAUAGCAAUUGCAGAAUAUAUAGCUGCCAGAUUCUUGAGAUGAUGUAGGUAUUAAUGUUGUUUGCCCACAUGAGUAAUAAUUUAUGAGUACUCAAAACACUUAUUGAGAAAACUUGGGAUGUAAGAUGCUUCGUCUUUCUUCCUUUGUUAAAUCUUCUUCAGGUGUAUCAUGUGAACCAUAUCUAUUGACAGUGAGUGAUAUGUUUUUAGUUUUCACUUGCCCUUUUCAAGGUAAAUUAGCUUUCUAUUUAGACAACAUUUUCAUCUUCAUCUGGUUCAUAAGUUGUAAAUACAGUUGUAUUAUUGAACCCAUUUUUGAGUUUUGCAUCACU